CAUCAUGUACACAUUUGUUCAUAAUCCAUAAAUUGAAAUAAUUACCAUAACAGUGGAAAGUUACAUCCAAACAGCUGGUGAAAAGUGCCUUUAUAAGAAUAUAUAUUUUAUUAUUAUUUCACAAUGGAUACAAAAGUUUUGUAGUUGUCUAGCAAAACGCAUAACCGUACCUGUAAACACCAACCUUAGAAGACCACAGUGCCACAGAAGUCAAAGUCAAAGGGAAUAACCAAAAAAAACUAUAUUUUAUGAAAUAAUAUAUUUUUAUGUGAAAAAUAGUUAAAAUGAGCCCUACUAGUGUGUAUGAGAAAUAUAAAUCAGGACCACAUGGCUUGGAUGAUCUCUCCUUAAGAAGAGUGGAAAUAGAUGUAAUGGUUCCUAAAAAGAUGAGGGAAAUAGCAAGAGUAGAAAAAUGCUUCAAAGAAGUAGCCGAGUUUUCUACUUGUGGUAAAGAUGCAGGCCUGUUAAUGGUUUUUAAAUGUAGGCAAGAAAAUGACAAGCUUAAGAGUUGUUUAACAAAGUGGUAUGAAGAUGCAGAAUUUAAAGAGAGGUGUAAAAAGGAAUAUCUGCAGGAAAGAUCUGAAUAUAGACGAACUGGUAUAACAACAAAAGAGAAACAAAGAAUUGCAAAUUUGAUGUAAAAUCUAUAUCAUUAGUUAUUUUACAAUUUUUUAAAAUAAAAUAUGUUUUAGAUUGUU